AUGGACGAAAACCGAGAAAAUCGCGUAGAAUUUCGUAUAGAUCGCCCACGGAAACGAGAAAUACCACGGAUGGCACAGUUCGACGUGUUUGUAUGCCAAGUAGGUGGCCAUAAGACUGGCGUCACACACGGCGAUCACGACGAGAAACAAAUUGAAUGGGGACUUUCGCAUCGCCGGUCGGAGGAGCACGACGACGAUCGAGAUGUUGGCGAAGACUCCGACGACGCACAGGAAGACGUAGAUGUAGUUGUGAAACAUUGUGAACGAGGCGGUGAAUGGGAGAAGGAGCUGGAAACAUUUUUCGAAAAUUUCAAAAAUUUCGAAAAAAAAACUUUUUUUUUGAAAAAAUUGCUCAAGUUUGAAGUGCUGUAA